UGAGGCAGCUUCUAUGUGUAUAUGUCUCUCAGAGCGCCACAUUUAAAAACAAGACUGGACGCGAGUCGCUAUCCCGUUAGCUUCUUUCGAAACGCUCGCUCACAAUUAGUUACAACUCGCCUUCAUACAUAAAACAUUAAACAUUGAACGCCCAACGAUCUAUCCCGGCAUUAUCUUCCCUGCUUUCCCAUUCCUGAACUUAAGUAGGGAAGACACUCGGGCUGAUUGUUAUGAUCAGCCUGGCAGUGAUCAGAACGGUCGGCUGCGUAUCUGUGUUCAUCCGCUCUGAUUAUGUAUACUUCAUCUCCAUGCUGGCCGUCAAGGGCCCCUUGUUAUCGGUCCCCGCAGACGGCGCGUAUCCACAACAGAAGGCUUGUGGGUGUAGCUCUCUAAUCACUUGAGCUUGAUUCGCCGUUAAGCGGUUGUCAUUUUCGCCGGCAGCGUCAAGCAGCCCUGGCCGGGGACUCGACCCGAGCCACCAUGGUAACAGCCACAAAACACAGGCACAAACUCGUUUUAUACUCAUUGUCUGCCUCUUCCCCAACGCAGUGGCUUCUCAGCUCUUAAAAUCUGGUGGAUAUUCAACUCGCUUCAAUGGAUGAGAUGAACCCCUCUUCGCUCCUCAGCCAGUCCACCCCCCAGCUCCCCGGGGGGCUGUGCGGCCUGGGGACCCCCGCCCUGGGUGUGUCCGCCCUGGGCGCGUCCGCUGGGCCGGGGGAGUCGGAGACGGAGCUCCAGAAGCUGCUCAUCGAUGAGAGGAUGAGGUGUGAGAACCACAAGAUGAACUACCAGACGCUGAAGGCAGAGCACAACAGGCUGCAGGAGGAGUUGUCGCGGGCCCAGGCGGAGGUGCGGGAGCUGCAGGGGGAGAGGACGGCCCGGCAGGAGAAGCAGCAGCUGCAGCUGGCCGAGCUGAGGGGAGAGCUGCUGGACAAGACCCGCGCUCUGGAGGAGAGCCGGCUGCAGGUGAUGACCCCCCAGAGGCUGGACCUGCUGCGGGCUCAGCUGCAGCAGGAGAUGGAGGCGCCCGUCAGAGAGCGCUUCAACAAGCUGGAGGAGGAGGCGGAGCGGUACCGGUCGGAGUACAACAAGCUGCGCUACACCUACACCCUCCUCAAGGCCCAGGCGGAGCACCAGCAGCAGGAGAGCGCACGCACGCUGGAGGAGAGGGACAUGCACUUUGAGGCCCAGCUGUCCCACCUGGAGCGGGAGAAGGACGACCUGGUGGCCCAGCACCGGGGCUCGGACCCCAGCCGCGACGGCCGCCGCGUGGAGGUGCUGCUCCGGGAGAAGGCCCAGCUCCACCUGCGGCUCAAGAGCAUGGAGGCGGAGGUGGCGGAGCUCCGCGCCCAGCGGGACAACUCGGGCCAGCAGGCGGACAACGUGCAGCGCAUCCAGGUCCGGCAGCUGGCCGAGUCCCAGGCUGCCCUCAAGUCCCUGGAGGCGGAGCGUCAGUCGGUGCGGUCGCAGCUCGAGCGCGUGGAGUGCGAGAUGCGACUCGCUUACGAGCAGAACUCCACGCUGACGGGACGACUGCACAAGGCAGAGAGGGAGGUCAGCAGCCUCACCGACCAGGUGGAGGGCCUGAAGCACUCCCACAAGCUGGACCUGAACAACGUCAGGCUGGAGUGUGCCCGCAGCAAGGGGGAGCUGGAGAGGGAGAGGAACACCCUGCAGGGCCAGAUGGAUGCUCUGCAGACAGACGUGGAGGUGCUGAGGGCCUGCGGGGAGAGGCAGAAGGAGGUGCUGGUGGAGAAGGAGAGAGAGAUGGUGCGGCGGGUGCAGGCCGCCCGAGAGGACGAGCUCCACAAGAUGGCCAUCCUGCACGAGGAGAAGCUGGAGGUGGAGAACCGCCUGUCAGAGCUGGAGCAGCAGAGGGCGCUGCAGGACACCGCUGGCCACGCCCACCGCGAGGAGUGGGAGGAGCGUCUCCGUGGCGCCCAGCUGGGGGAGGAGUCGGCUCGCAAAGAACUACAAAACCUCAGGACCAAGCUGCUCCAGCAGACCGCCCACCUGGAAGAGCUGGAGAGGAGGAAGGAGGAGCUGGGCGACCUCCGACGGAACCAGGAGCUGGGCGUGCGGCUGGGGACCCUGGUGCACACAGAGGGGGGGCUGCAGGCCUCCAACCAGCGCCUCAAAGACGCCCAGGACGUCCUCCGGGAGGAGCUGAGGGCCGCCCGCGCCCAGGCGGAGAGGAGCCAGCACGACGCCGAGCGGGUUCUGGAGGAGCGGCAGGUCCAGUGGCUGGAGGAGAAGCACGGCCUGCAGGCGGAGCAGGACCUGCUGCAGCACAAGUACGGCCAGGCCAAGGAGCGGCUGCACCGUGCCGCCGGCGCCCAGAAGAAGCGGAAGGCGCAGACGGAGAACAAGGAGAAGCGGCUGCACAAUAAGAUCCAUCAGCUGGAGGCCAGGAUAGCAGAGCUGGAGCUGGAGAGCAGCACAGCCAAGAGGCGUCCCUCCCACUCUGAGGAACAAGCCAAUCUCAACCGGCGGCUCAAGGAACUCCAGCGACGGCACAGCGAGUUCCGCCACCUCCUAUUGGGCCACCAGGCUCCCACUGGCACAGGCCCCGCCUUCCUUCCCUCCUCGCUCUUCCCCCCGCCGCCCUCAGCCCAGGUCACGGAGGAGCAUCACCUGCGGGAGGUGUCCCAGCUCUACCGCCGGCUGGAGGAGCUGGAGAGCGUCCAGCUCCACCAGAUGGAGGAGCUGGGGGCGCCCGCUCAGAGGGACCAGGCCGUCUCCGGACAGUGCUGACCGCUGACCCCCCUGUCGCCUGAAGCCCUUUGACGCUCGACCUCACCGCCUCAAGGCCACGCCCCCUAACCCCCCCCCCCCACACACACACUUGACCUCUGACCCUGUCGCCUGAACCCCUGAACUUCCCCCCUUUGACUUUCGACCUCACCGCCUUAGGGCUAAACCCCCUGACCCCCCCCCCUCCAUAUUCGACCUUUGACCUCUGGUACCCUGACCUCCAUGCCCACCGUUUCCUAACCUUGUGACCUCUCUGAACACCCACAGACAGAGAGUAUUACCAGCAUCAGUUUCAUUCUGAACCCCCAAAUCUUCCCCAGUAUAAAGACACUCGUACCAGUACCACUGGCCUCAGGAUUAAUGGCAAUAGAUUAUGAAUUGAUUGUUCUGGUUCAAAUGAAUCAAUGAGUUAAACAGUGUUACUGUAAAAAAAAAAGAGACAAUAUUUAUUGGAUUAUACAUCCAUGAUUUUUAAUGUUUUAUAUUGUCACACUCAGGUGCUAUCGUCGCAUUCGGAAAAGGAAAAGGUGUGAGACUCCGAGCCAGGGCUGCAGCUUCGCGCUCCACGUUGCACAUCGUCUUUAUACUUGACUAUUUGCUAGGUUGUUGUACAAAGAAAGUAGUUUGAGCCUGAAUAAAAAAAUAAUCAUUUGACUGA